UUCGGCAAUAGAUUGUGUCAACAAUGUCGACGCGACUUAUCGAAUCCGCGAUGAUGCUGUUCAUCAGGCAGCAUGAGUAUUAUUUUAUUCGUAGCGUGAAAUUUCUGUGAAGAAGCCUUCGAAUGGACAAAUGGCUCCAAGAUAGGAAGCUCUGGCUAUUCGGUAGCACGCUGCCGUUGCUACCAAGGAGGUCUCGGGCACCGAGCAAAGCCAUGGAACGUUACGAACGUUUGGCUCGACUCGGCGAGGGUAGCUACGGCGUUGUCUUCCAGUGUAGAGAUCGGCAAACUGGAAAAUUGGUGGCUGUAAAGAAGUUCCAGCAGACCGAGGAUGAUCCUCUAAUACGCAAGAUCGCGUUGCGGGAGAUACGUCUGUUAAAGAAUCUCAAGCAUCCGAAUCUGGUCAAUCUCCUGGAAGUCUUCAGACGGAAGAGAAAGUUACAUCUGGUAUUCGAAUAUUGCGAGAACACUCUUCUCAAUGAGAUGGAGAAAUAUCCCAGCGGUUGUCCAGAUAUCACGACCAGGCAGAUCACUUGGCAGAUCCUACAGGGUGUCGCUUAUUGUCAUCGUCUUGGAUGCGUUCACAGAGACGUGAAGCCGGAAAACAUUCUCAUUACCUCGGAAGGCGUGGUAAAAUUAUGCGACUUUGGGUUCGCGCGUAUGCUCAGUCCUGGUGAAAAUUACACGGAAUAUGUCGCGACCAGGUGGUACAGGGCACCCGAAUUACUGGUCGGGGACACGCAGUAUGGUACUCCGGUUGACGUAUGGGCAAUCGGUUGCGUGUUUGCGGAAUUAAUACGGGGUGAAGCAUUGUGGCCAGGAAAAUCCGAUGUAGAUCAGUUGUAUUUAAUAAGAAGAACGCUGGGCGAUCUCUUACCAAGGCACAUGGCUAUCUUUCAACAGAACGAAUUCUUUACCGGUAUUACUCUUCCAACACCACAAACGCUUACGCCUCUCGAAGACGCUUUACCCCGUGGAAAUAAUAGUCCUGUACAGUUGGAUUUCCUGAAAAAAUGCUUGGAUAAAGAUCCAAAUGAGAGAUGGACAUGCGAACUGUUAUUACGACACUCUUACUUCGACAAUUUUCAUUUCAAAAUGCCAGAUGUCGAGACAGAAGAGUUCGAAAAACUUAAAAAGUAUCGAGAACGUUCUCGGAAUACUAAUUACAGUCAAAUGGUGUUACCCCAGUUACCCAAGGCUGGCCCUUCAGUUCAUAGCCAUAGUGAAAGUCGACCGAAGAGCUCCUCUAUACAUCAACAAAAUUUUGACCAUCUACCUACUAUAAGAGGUUAAUUCUGUGAUUGUACAUAUAUUUUCCUAAGCUUUUUAAGGGAAUGUUCAC